CAUUUUCCUCCAUGUGUGAAGCCUUUACAGCAUUUGCCAUGCGUAAUCUGAAAUUGCUGCAAAGCUUGCACUGCAACCGAUGGCAGGGCCUGGGAACACCUCAGUGUUUGACUGUCCGUACAGAUACAGGCACAGUGUUGGUGGGUUCGGACUUGGGAAUCACAGAACUUGAUCCACGUACAGAACAGGUGGUCAAAAAGGUAUCGUUGGUUGAAGAAGCAUUUCUCCCCGAUGAUGGCACUGGUUGUAUUGUUGGUAUUGAGGACCUGUCAGAUCAAGAAUCAGUCUGCAUUGCCACUGCAUCUGGAGAUGUUGUACUUUAUAAUCUAAGCACAAAUCAGCUGGAAUGUGUCGGCAGUGUCGACAGUGGUGUAACUGGGAUGAGCUGGAGUCCAGACCAGGAACUGGUUGUACUGAUCACAGGACAGGAAACAAUUAUAAUGAUGACCAAGGACUUUGAGCCAGUCACUGAAGUAAAAAUUCACCAGGAUGAGUUUGGUGAAGGAAAAUUCAUUACUGUUGGUUGGGGGAAAAAGGAGACCCAGUUCCAUGGAACGGAAGGGAAAGCAGCAGCUGUCCGUAAGCUAAUGGAAAUUGUGCCGGCCGUUCCUUGGGAUGAUCAUAAAUUCCGUGUGACCUGGCGAGGUGAUGGGCAAUUGUUUGCAGUUAGUGCCAUUUGUCCUUUGACAGGGUCCAGAAAGCUGAGGGUAUGGAAUAGAGAAUGUGUGCUCCAGUCAACCAGUGAACUUGUUAAUGGACUUGAACAGGCCCUGUGCUGGAAGCCAUCAGGGAGCUUGAUUGCAUCUACACAGAGAAAGCUUAACAAACACAAUAUUGUGUUCUUCGAACAGAACGGUUUGCUACAUGGCGAAUUUCCGCUUCCUUUUAACAAAGACCAAGUCAAAGUACAGGAGCUGCUCUGGAAUAAUGAAUCUACUGUGCUGGCAAUUUGGCUAGAAGAUUUGAAAUCAGCGGACGAGGGGAACAAAGAUGGCCAGCAAAAUACAUAUGUUCAGUUGUGGACUGUGGGGAACUAUCAUUGGUACCUGAAACAGAGUUUACAUUUUGGUUGUGAACGCAUUGUGGCCCUAAUGUGGGAUCCUGAGAACCCCUAUCGACUCCACGUUCUCUGUAGUGGAUGGUGUUACCUCUCCUAUAACUGGCAUUGGUCUACAGACAGAAGUGAAGGGGAUGACAGGAAUGACUUUGCCAAUGUAGCUGUGAUUAAUGGAGAUAAAGUACAUGUGACACCUUUCCGCCAGACAGUAGUUCCUCCACCAAUGUGUGCCUAUCAAUUGCAAUUACCCUGUCCAGUUAAUCAGAUUAUAUUCUCUUCGGAUCCACAAAGGAGCAAUGAUUUAGCAGUCUUAACAGCUGAUGACCGGAUCUCAAUCUACCAGGCUGGUGAUGAUGUGAAGCAAAAUUCCACCAUUGUAGCUGACGCUGUCGGAGGAAGUGGAUUGACAAAGCACAUGACAGCUCCCAAAUUGGUCAAAACAUUCAGAAUCAAUUUUGAAGAAGAAAAAAGUGACUCACUGAAGCCUUUGAAGCUACGUUUUAUAACCUGGGUAAAGGAAAAUAGAUUUCUGGGUGUAUUUCAAGGUCUGACCACAUCCCAAUCUGUUGUCUGUCAGCUGAUAACUACAUCGGAUGAGAAUCAGGAGGGAGAACUAUCAAUCAGGACUCCUGUAACUGUUGAUAGGCAGAUUACCAACUUGUGCCACAACCAUAAGACACAGACUGUUGCCUUGGAACUCUCUAAUGGUCAAAUUCUAAGAUACCUGUGGGAUACUGAGUCCACUGAGCCAUGUGUCCAACCAUGGAGGUCAGCUGAUGGAUGCUUAGUACAAUUUUCUCAGCCUUGUGUUCAGAUAGCUUUGUGCGCUAUUGAAGGAGAGGAAAUGGUAUUGGGUCUGACAGAAAGAUUUCGAUUUUUUAUUAAUGUGUCUGAGAUAGCCUCCAACGUUACUUCAUUUAUAGUGUAUGAUGAGUUCCUGCUAUUCACAACCCAUUCACACACUUGUCGCUGUCUCAAUCUUAGGACUACUUCAUUAAAAGCUUUGCUGAAUCUUUCAAGUACCGACUCCCAGCCAAAUGAUGAAACAGUACGAAGAGUGGAGAGAGGAUCUCGUAUAGUGACUGUGGUACCCCAGGAUGCCAAACUCGUUCUACAGAUGCCACGAGGAAAUCUGGAAGUUAUUCACCACAGAGCGUUAAUACUUGCCCAGCUCAGAAAAUACCUGGACAGGUUAAAGUUCAAGGAGGCCUUUGAAUGUAUGAGAAAGCUGAGAAUAAAUCUCAAUCUCAUCUAUGAUCACAAUCCAAAGGUCUUUUUAGAAAAUGUGGAGAACUUCCUGAAACAGAUCACUUCCAUAAAUUCUAUCAACUUGUUUCUGACUGAAUUAAAAGAAGAAGAUGUCACAAAAACGAUGUAUCCAUAUGGUCCAAACUCAACAACCUCUGUACCUGAAACGGCCAAUAAAGUGGACACAAUCUGUGAUGCAUUGCGAACUACCAUGGAGAGAAUAAACCCUCACAAGUAUGGUUUAUCUAUACUGACUUGCCAUGUACGAAAAACUACUCCAGAAUUGGAAACUGCUCUUCAGAAGGUCCAUGAUCUCAGAGUGAAUCCACCAAGUGAUCCUGAGGCAGUCAGUGCUGAGGAUGCCCUGAAGUAUCUCCUCUUCCUAGUGGACAUUAACCAACUUUAUGACCAUGCAGUGGGUACAUAUGACUUUGAUCUAGUGAUGAUGGUAGCAGAAAAAUCACAAAAGGAUCCAAAGGAAUAUUUACCAUUUUUGAACAAAUUAAAGAAAAUGGAGACUAAUUACCAGAGAUACACCAUAGACAAAUAUUUAAAGCGUUACAAAAAGGCUGUUGAGCACCUUAGUAAAUGUGGUUGUCAACAUUUCACUGAGCUACUAAACUUGGUAAAGGACCAAAAGAUGUACAGUGAUGCCUUGAAAUUAUUCCCAGCAAAGAGCCAAGAAUACAAGGAUAUCAGUGUUGCAUUUGGCGAGUACCUCAUUGAGAAGCAAUGCCAUGAACAAGCAGGGCUAAUCUUCGCACGAUGCGGGGAUUGUGAAAAGGCACUCGAUGCUUUCCUGCUGUGCUGUAGUUGGCAGCAAGCCUUUUGUAUGGCUGCUCAGCUCCACUAUACUGAGGACAAAAUGAUUAACAUGGCACGGAUUAUAUCAGGGCGGUUGAAGGAACAGCGGAGAUAUUCGGAGGCAGCCUUAAUCCUGGAGCAAUAUGCCACGGACUAUGAAGAAGCCAUUACCUCACUUUUAGAAGGAGGUGCCUGGGACGAGUCAUUAAGACUGAUUUACAAGUACAAAAGGACUGAUAUUUUGGAAACCAACCUGAAACCUUCCAUAUUGGAAGCUCAUAGCAACCAGAUGACAUUCCUAGAUUCUCAGAAAACCUUAUUUAUCCAUCAUAAAUCCCGCCUAAAAAUUGUAUGGGAAAUGAAAGCGCAGGAAGGAUUUUUAGAUGAGGAGAUGGCUGAUGGCCCAGACUCCGAUCUCUAUUCAGAGAAGAGCAGCUUGUGGUCAGCGGGUGGAAUGAGUUCCAAAUAUUCACACAGCAACUCCAGGAUAUCAGCACGUAGCUCAAAAAACCGUCGCAAGGCAGAAAGGAAAAGGUACAGCUUGAAGGAGGGGAGCCCGAUGGAAGAUGUAGCUUUGUUGCAAGCAUUGAGAGAAAUAAUCUGCACUGUGGACAAACUGACAGGUGAAGUUCACGACUUAUUGAAAGUUUUGGUCCUUUUUGGCUUUAAUGAUCUAGCUUCAGAGCUGCAACAAGUAUUAGAAGGUACCCUACAGCUAUUGGAAAAGUCAAUCACUGAUAUCUGGCUGUCCGAUGCGAAGAGAUCAACUCUCUGUCCAGUUCUUGGACCAGAUUCUACUGCGAACAGUAUUGCCGCCGCCCUCCAGCGGCCAAUAAGUGGAAUGACAGCUUACCAAGAUGAUGAAAUCUUUGUUCCACCAAAACUCAAUAAGAAAGUGAAGUGGAAGCUGAAUAUUCUAUGAAGCAAUUCCAGUCAGCUGCAUUGCCAUCUUUGGACUGUCUGUUGCUGCAUAUGUAUAAUACAGUCAGCACGAGACAAUGUGAAUACAAGGCAGGAAAGUAAAAAUGAUUAGAAUGAUGGAUGCACAAAGGCGGUAUGGAUGCUUCGUCCAGCUAGAAAAUGUGACUGAUCUUUCAACUACAGAAUUAUGACAAUCAUAAAACUAACAAGACAAGUUUUCCUGCUGAUAUUGUUCAAUGUUAAGGCAGUUCAAAACGAAUGUAAUACCAAUAAUAUAAAUCAUCAAUUGAAAAUGUCUUAACCAGUUCAGUUUAUUGUCACGUGUACCAAGGUACAGUGAAAAGCUUUUGUUGCGUGCUAACCAGUCAGCAGAAAAACAAUACAUGAUUACAGUCGAUCCAUUUACAGUGUAUAGAUACAUGAUAAGGGACUAAUGUUUAGUGCAAAGUGAAGCCAGCAAAGUCCGAUCAAGGAUAGUCCGAGGGUCACCACAGAGGUAGAUAGUAGUUCAGCACUGUUCUCUGGUUGUGGUAAGGUGAUUGAUUCAGUUGCCUGAUAACAGCUGGGAAAAAUCUGUCCCUAAAUCUGGUGGUGUGCAUUUUCAUACACACUUUUAUGUUUUGCCUGAUGGGAGAGGGGAGAAGAGGGAGUGGCCAGGAUGCGACUCAUUAUGAAUGGUAUGUUAGCUUUCAUUGCAAAAGGAUUUGAGUAUAGGAGCAGAGAGGUUCUACUGCAGUUACAGGGUACAGGGUCUUGGUGAGACCACACCUGGAGUAUUGCGUACAGUUUUGGUCUCCAAAUCUGAGGAAGGACAUUAUUGCCAUAGAGGGAGUGCAGAGACGGUUCACCAGACUGAUUCCUGGGAUGUCAGGACUGUCUUAUGAAGAAAGACUGGAUAGACUUGGUUUAUACUCUUUAGAAUUUAGGAGAUUGAGAGGGGAUCUUAUAGAAACUUAAAUUCUUAAGGGGUUGGACAGGCUAGAUGCAGGAAGAUUGUUCCCGAUGUUAGGGAAGUCCAGGACAAGGGGUCACAGCUUAAGGAUAAAGGGGAAAUCCUUUAAAACCGAGAUGAGAAGAACUUUUUUCACACAGAGAGUGGUGAAUCUCUGGAAUUCUCUGCCACAGAGGGUAGUUGAGGCCAGUUCAUUGGCUAUAUUUAAGAGGGAGUUAGAUGUGGCCCUUGUGGCUAAGGGGAUCAGGGGGUAUGGAGAGAAGGCAGGUACGGGAUACUGAGUUGGAUGAUCAGCCAUGAUCAUAUUGAAUGGCGGUGCAGGCUCGAAGGGCCGAAUGGCCUACUCCUGCACCUAAUUUCUAUGUUUCUAUGUUUACUUCCAUGCAAAAUUCUUGAUUUUAUAUUAUUUUACAAAUGUUUCCAUUGUACCAUAAUAAUUUUGAAGUCAAAGCAAAGGGAUGAAGAAAGCAAUUUGUCUUGGAAACUGGUGUGAAAUAAACACUGCCAGGCAGCAGGAACAGAACCGCUCCACAAAUUUGCAGCGGAAACCGCAAACUUCAGAUGCAGCCUGGACCAGGGAAGCCAUCACUGACAAAGCUGAAUAGCAUGGAGGCGUCGUACCAUUAUGUGCUCUAAAUUUAGUCCAAGACUUGCAAAUGGAGAACUGUUGUAGGUGGUUUUAUUUAUAGGCGUUUGGAAAAUUUUGCUUUUUGACUGCAACACAAAUUCAGAUGUCUGUUAUUCUUCUGGAUGAUAGUUGUCAAUGUAUAUUCUAAUGUUUUUGGAGAAUUGUAUGGUGAUUGUUUGGUUCCAAAUGUAUAAGUAAGCAAAAUACAUACAGUGCAAAUGUAA